AUCAACUCUUUUUGAUGGGCUGGAGGCGGGUUUUUCUCUCCAAAUGCUGGAUGUGUGAGAUCGGGAACAGAAGUGAAAGAUUGAGCUGAAAAGAAGGGGGAAUUUUUCUCUUUUUAUUUUUGCAAGUUCCGUGGUGUUAGAAGGACGGAGCAAGGGGAGCGAGAGAGGGAAAGGAAAAUAGAAAAACUACACGUGGAUGUAGAGUCAAGAUCCUCAAGGAUUUCUGCGCGAAAUGUUGGAAUGGAAAUAUCAGACUUUCGCUCAGGAAGAGACUAGGGAUUCGCCAGCUGGUUUUCUUGUCACUUUUGGGGGAUUAUUCCUGUUGUUGUUGUUGUUGAACCGAACGAUCCGCGACUGGGUUCCAGGGCCAUGGCUUCAGUCUCUCAGCCUCCCCGGAGCGAUGGAGCUCAGCCCCCGAGGUACAGUCACCAAAGCCCGGCCGCUUGCUCGGAUCUGCUGCGGAGACCCAGCUACUGCCACGCUGCUUUUGCAUUGAAACAGAUCUCCAAGGGAAAGGCAGAGGGGCGGCGGGCUCCACUCUGGCUCCGAGCCCACUUCCAGGCCCUGCUCUUCAGGUUGGGCUGCAGCAUCCAGCAGCACUGUGGCAAGUUCCUCUUCAUUGGGCUUUUGGUUUUUGGAGCUUUUGCUGUUGGCCUGAGGGUUGCUAGCAUUGAGACCGACAUCGAACAGCUUUGGGUGGAAGUGGGAAGCAGAGUGAGUCAAGAGUUAAUGUACACACGGGAGAAACUGGGCGAGGAGACGAUCUUCACUACACAGAUGUUAAUUCAAACCUCAAAGAAGGAAGGAGAGAAUAUCCUUACUCAGGAGGCAUUGCUUCAGCACCUGCUUGCCGCUCUGGCAGCCAGCAAAGUACAGAUCUCGCUAUAUGGAAAGUCCUGGGAUUUAAACAAAAUCUGUUACAAAUCUGGAGUGCCUAUCAUCGAGAAUGGCAUGAUUGAGCGAAUGAUUGAGAAGCUUUUCCCCUGUGUUAUCCUAACUCCACUGGACUGUUUCUGGGAUGGUGCCAGGCUUCAAGGAGGUUCUGCUUACCUACCAGGGAAACCAGAUAUUCAGUGGAUGAACCUUGACCCUGUGCAGCUCCUAGAUGAACUGGGGCAAUUUGCGUCUUUGGAGGGAUUCAGGGAGAUGCUUGACAAGGCUCAAGUAGGACAUGCUUACAUGGAUAGACCUUGCUUACAGCCAGUUGACACGGAAUGUCCGACAACUGCCCGAAACAAAAAGUCACUGGAGGCUCCUAAUAUUCCUCUAGAAUUAACUGGAGGCUGCCAUGGAUUCUCAAAGAAGUUUAUGCAUUGGCAAGAGGAGCUGAUUUUGGGUGGUAUGAAGAAGGAUUCCCAGAAUGUAUUACUGAGUGCUGAAGCUCUCCAGACCAUGUAUCUACUGAUGAGCCCCAAGCAACUUUAUGAGCAUUUCAAGGAUGAUUAUGAGAUCCAUGAUAUCAGCUGGAACCAGGAAAAGGCAACAGCUAUUCUGGAAAGCUGGCAGCGGAAGUUCGUCGAGGUAGUGCAUCAGGCAGUGCCUCAGAAUUCCACUCAAAAUAUCCAUGCCUUUUCCACCACUACACUUAAUGACAUCAUGAAGUCUUUUUCCGAUGUCAGUGGCAUUCGAAUUGCUGGAGGAUACUUGCUAAUGUUGGCAUAUGCUUGUGUGACCAUGCUGAGGUGGGACUGCUCGAAAUCCCAAGGGGCUGUGGGACUAGCUGGAGUCCUGUUGGUGGCAUUGUCAGUAGCUUCAGGACUUGGGCUGUGUUCACUCCUGGGCAUAUCCUUCAAUGCUGCAACCACCCAGGUAUUACCAUUUCUGGCUCUAGGUAUUGGCGUCGAUGACAUGUUUCUCCUGGCUCACGCAUUCACUGAAACUGGUCAAAAUAAGAACAUUCCUUUCAAGGACAGAACAGGAGAAUGCUUGAGGCGGACAGGGACGAGUGUUGCCCUAACGUCCAUUAAUAACAUAAUUGCUUUCUUCAUGGCUGCUGUGAUUCCCAUUCCUGCGCUUCGUGCUUUUUCCUUACAGGCUGCGAUAGUCGUGGUGUUUAAUUUUGCCAUGGUGCUCCUCAUCUUUCCUGCCAUUUUAAGUCUGGAUCUUCAUCGGCGGGAAGACAAAAGGCUGGAUAUUUUUUGCUGCUUUUCCAGUCUCUGCUCAACACGAGUGAUUCAGGUCCAGCCGCAAGAGUUUGCUGAUGCAAAUGAUAACCAUAACUUCCAUCCUUCUCCAUAUGGUGGGCCAACAUUUACCCACAGUACACAGAUCACCACCACAGUGCAGGCCUUCACCCAGUGUGAUCCAACCGGACAGCACAUUGUCACUAUAAUUUCUCCAACUUCACGCAUCUCUUCAACUCCUUCUGUCAUCGUGUCCCCAGCAGACCAGGUUGGCUCCCAGGGGAUGGAACCCACCAGUUCGACUAGGGACUUGCUGGCCCAGAUGGAUGAGGCAAAAGCCAGCAGGGGCUGUGUUCAGAUGCCCUUUGUCAAAUGGAAUCUAGCAGACUUUGCACGGGACAAGUAUGCUCCAUUUCUUCUCAAGACAGAAUCAAAGGUUGUUGUGCUAGUCCUCUUCAUGACCUUCCUUGGGAUGAGCCUUUAUGGAACUACAAUGGUUCAUGAUGGGCUGUACCUCACAGACAUUGUUCCUCGUGAAACCAAGGAGUAUGAUUUCAUCGCAGCCCAGUUCAAGUAUUUCUCCUUCUAUAACAUGUACAUCGUCUCCAUGGGAGGAUUUGACUAUCCCACAUCCCAGAAGUUGCUGUACGACCUCCACAAGAGUUUCAACAAUGUCAAAUACAUUGUUCGUGAAGAGAAUAAAGAGUUGCCCAAAAUGUGGUUGCAUUACCUUCAAGACUGGCUGAGAGGGUUGCAGGCUGCAUUUGAUGAAGACUGGAGGACGGGCAAAAUCACCAGGGAAAGUUACCGUAAUGGCUCUGAAGAUGGAGUCCUUGCAUAUAAAUUACUCAUACAAACUGGAAACAAAAAAGAGCCCUUCAACUAUAACCAGCUGACUUCAAGGAAGUUGGUGGAUGAGGAUGGAAUCAUCAACCCUGAUACCUUUUACAUCUAUCUGACGGUGUGGGUCAGUAACGAUCCAUUGGGUUACGCUGCAUCUCAGGCGAACUUCAAUCCCCACCCACCUGAAUGGAUUCAUGACAGAUAUGACACAACGGGAGAGAACUUGAGAAUUCCUGCCGCUGAGCUGAUUGAGUUUGCCCAGUUCCCUUUCUACCUGACUGGCCUGCAGCAAACUUCAGAUUUCAUCGAAGUCAUUGAGAGCGUCAGAGCAAUAUGUGAAGAGUUCACAAAGAAGGGGUUGCUCAACUAUCCCAGUGGUUACCCUUUCCUUUUCUGGGAGCAGUACAUCGGCCUAAGGCACUGGUUUCUACUCUCUGUCAGCAUUGUAUUGGCCUGCACAUUCCUGGUGUGUGCUCUUCUGCUGCUCAAUCCUUGGACAGCCGGCAUCAUUGUAUUUGUCCUUGCUAUGAUGACAGUAGAACUCUUUGGAAUUAUGGGACUCAUGGGCAUCAAACUGAGUGCAAUUCCUGUCGUGAUCUUGAUUGCAUCUGUUGGAAUUGGAGUGGAAUUCACUGUCCAUGUAGCUCUGGGUUUUCUGACUGCCAUUGGGAAUAGGAAUUUACGUUCUGCUGUGGCACUGGAACACAUGUUUGCACCAGUGAUAGACGGUGCAAUCUCCACACUACUCGGCGUCCUGAUGUUGGCUGGUUCUGAGUUUGACUUCAUCAUUAGGUACUUCUUUGCUGUUUUGACCAUACUAACAGUUUUGGGUAUCCUUAAUGGUCUCGUUCUACUUCCAGUUUUGCUGUCUGUUGUUGGACCCCCUGCUGAGAUUACACCUGCAGAUCGAGGCAGUCGUUUGCCAACUCCUUCACCCGAGCCAAUUCCACCACCCAUGAAUCAUCAUGGCUUCUAUGUCCGUUCAUUUCCACGUCAGCAAAGUACGUUUUCUGAAUCUUCGGAUUCAGAAUAUUACUCAGAGACCACAGCGUCUGGGAUCAGCGAGGAGGACCGGCCGCACUUUGACCAGAGUGCAUACAUCAUCCCACCAACCCACUCACGGAUACUGGUGGAGUCGGGAAGCGAUCCUAACUUCCCACGAGUCACAAUUGUGAAACCAUACAAAGAGCUUAAUGAUUCCUCUUCAAGGAAGAAUCACAUAAACUCAAAAGGACAACCUCAACCUACUGUGGAUUCUGUUAGUUCUCAACUAGCCUGGCAAGAACCUAAAGACUUACAACAAGCAACAGGAGAAGGGGGACACGUCUCUAACAAUGGUCUGCACAGUAGGAGUGCUGUUCAACCUAUCCAACCUGUCAAUUCCUCUAGGGGUCAACACAGGUCUCGGAACAACAGGACUCACCAUCCAAGGACUACACUUCCAGCAUACUCGACCAGUGUGCCUGGAUCAAGCAACCCUUUCACUACGGUGACUGCCACGGCAUCAGUGACACUGGCUGUGCACCCGGGUGUACCACAGACAUUUAAAGGGUACACACAUGAAGGGUUCGAGGACAGUGAGUCAGACUGCUUCGAGGAACCGCACAUAACCUCCUCAUAUGUGAAUCAUCAGAAAACGACAGACUCCAAAGUGGAGAUUUUUGAACUACAGGAUGUUGAAUGUGAAGUAAGGAGCAGAGAAGCCUCAAGAAGGCAUUAGGUCGCCUCACAUGCAAGUGGCAACCAAAGAAUGCUAACAUUCCCUCCACAUCCCGAUGUCCUUCAGCUCAAGAAACGUGUAAAACUGCCUAUGUACAUAAACUUCAUGACAGAGACAGGAAAUUUAUAUUAAAAUAUUAAGUUGCCGUUUAAAUAUAUUUUAAUACUAAAAAACAAAACAAACCUAUUUAAUGAUGUACUGUAUACUUCUGUAUGAUAUACUGUGUAAAGCACCAGAAAAUUCAGAGGCAGAGUUCUAAUGAAUGGUAAGAUAUGUAGUCUGUGUACAAUGAAGAGAGUUUUUGUAUCUUUGGGUUCAGAUAAGUGAUGAUUGCUUGAUUAUUUUGCUGCUACUCUUUUUAAAACUUAAUAGUUUAUAUAGAUUAAAAUUCUGCCACCACAUCACUUCUUUACCUUGCACCCCCCACCACCAUUCCGUUACGACUUUCUUUCUAUGCAAGUACCUAGUUACAUAGAAUAGAAUCCCUACAGUUUGGAAACAGGCCCUUCGGCCAACAAGUCCACACUGACCCUCGAAAGUAACCCAUCCAGACUCAUUCCCCUACAUUUAACCCCUGACUAAUGCAUCCGACCUACCUAACCUGUACAUCUUUAGGUCUUUACCAUGAAAGAUGUUUUACCAGUUUCAACAAAUUACCAUGGUUACCAAAGCAUUUUGCUUUUCUCACAGGCUUGUGUAUGGGGCUGCCCAGAUUGUACUGUAAUGUUGUUAAAAUUUAGUUUAAUGACCUAAACUGAAUCCUUUUUUUUGAAACAUCAUCUUUUUUUCAAACACAAGUUCAAGAGUUCAUAAAGACAGCUACCUGCCAUAGUAUAAAAUGAUUUUUCACCCUAUCUCCUCUAACAAUGAUAUCAUGAGCAAUCUAGCCAAGUGUACAGUAAUUACAGUGUGACUUAGCCUAUGGGCCAGACUAUUAAGAGCAUGCGGAGUAACAUGAAGUUAAAGUCAGGCAUUGUGAUGAGGAUUACAGAAUGCAAUUUCAAAUAGAUGAGCUGUUACCAAUUAUUAAGGAGGAGACAAUACUAAAAUUUAUUUUUCCUUCUCAGAGUGUUGACUUGUUGGUAAGGUGUGCUUCAGUAGAUGCCUUUAAAUACCCUAUCCAUAUGAUUGCUCUUCAAUGUGUGAAAUGUGACAGUUGGGUGAGAGUAAGCUAUUAGACAUGAUGGCCAUAGUUACACUUGAUUCUGUCCUUAUCCACAUGCAGAGCUUGCUGAAAAGCUAUCUGAGUCAGAAGUCUAUAAGGAAUUGAAAAAAAGCAGCAAAAAAAAACCUGAAUGAUGGCCUAAUGGAGAUCUUUAAAAUUUGUCAGGGUAGAUAGAUGUUUCCACUUGCGGGGCAGUCUGAAACUAAGGUCUGUAAUUAUAAGGUAGUCACAAAUACAUCCAGUAAGGAAUUCAGAAGAUGUUUUACUAGAGAAGGAUGAAAAUGUGGAACCUGCUACCACACGAUCAGGUUGGGUAGAAUAAUUAGAUGCCUUUAAGGGGAAGCGGGAUUAGUACAUGAGGGGGAAAGAAAUAAAUGUUGAUAGGGUGAGAUAAAGUACAAUGGGAGGAUGCACAGAUGAACCAUGAGCUCUGGUAGAGGCCAGUUAGACUAAACUGCCUGUUUAAGGAGAAUUCAUUGUAAUUCCUUCAUUAACUGAGGAGCUGGGAUGAAUUAUGAAAGCCUCCAUUGAUCUUUGCUAAUUUAACACAGAAAGUGGACCAACAUCUUGGUCCAAAUAGCUCACUAACCAGUCCGUUUAUCUGCUCAGCCAUCGGGCAGCUUUAACUUUUCUUCUGCUUUAUAAAUGUCAGGCAUCUUGGUGUUAACCAGCAGGCAAUGAAUGAUUCUACUAAUUGCAGUACAGUUUUCAUUGAUCAUUGUAAUUGAGGUUUUGUUUAAUUUUGUGCACCUUUCCAUUUAGUUGUACUGUUUAUAUGAGUUUAUUAGUGAUGUCCUGCUCAAGAAGAAUAACACUUUUCAUAUUUCUGUAUUGCCAGUAUUGCUUUUGCAGUGCCACCCUUCUUAGCCCAAUAAAAAUAAUUAUGCCUGUGAGAAAUUGCAAACUUGGACCCAUGACCCACCAUACCAUGUGAAUAGUUAUUUGAGCUUUCAGCUCAAACAACCUGACCAGUUUUGCUCCAACCAUAUAAUAUGUACAUAUACACGAUAUAACAGUUUAAGGGUCCUUUCUUUUCUAGAAUUCUGCUUUCAUUCUUAGUAGUUGUUAGUGUUUGAUCUUCCAUUUUCUUAUAGGGUUUGUCAGACAUUGUUUAAGGUACUAACAAUUUAUCUAAUUUGUAGUCCUGCUUAUAAACUACAGCCAAAGCCACACUGAAACCUGUUGUGUUUGACAUCCUUGAGUCCUGUCUCCAAAUUUAACUAAUCUGAAUUUUCCCUUCUGGAUGAAUAUAUCUCGAAAGAUACCUAAAUGAAGCAAACAAUGAUUGGAAGUUUAGGCAUUUUGGUAAUCAACCUGCAAUCUUCAAAACUAUUAUUAAUUUCUUUAUAGAAUAACAAAAAUCAUAAUUGCUUGAAUAGUAUUGGUUGUGACAAUAGUGGUGAUUUAAGCCGAUUUAUCUGUGGCCCACUUUGAAAUGCAUGAAAUCUAAUUCUUUAAAACUGAAUGAUAAAAAGACUGAAGAUUAGUCUCAAAAAUUGGGUUAUUUCACUGUUCCAAUCAUUCAUUAUUGCGUUAAUGCAAUUUAAAUGUUGCCCGUGUGUCUUCUCACAGUCAUUGUGUUCUCAUUGAAUACACAGCUCAUUUAAGCACCAAAUACUCAGUUUUCUAACCAGACUAAAGAGAUUGGAGCCUCAUCCUGUAAAAAUGAAUGAAUGAAUGAAUGAAAGUAUUUUAAUAGUUUUUUUUUUGCCAGGGGUGUUAUAUUUAUAUUUUUGUACAAUAUUGAAAAAAAAACGGUGUUUGUCACAGAGGUACUUACCAACAAGGCUCUGGAUCUUAUGCUGAGCCACAUGGUUUGAAAUCGUUAGGAUGUCCCAAUAAACUACAUUAACAUACAUGAUGUGCCAUUUAUACAAUGCCAUAUACUUGAACCCACUAAUCCCAACUCUUGACAUAACACAGGAGAAGCUGGUAGGGUUUGUAGGUGUGUAUCUAACUGUUGCCAAUGUAGCAAAUGCAAAUUUUGUUAGAACGAUUUAAUUAUAAAUAUAUUUGAGGUAGAAUGGUUGCUUGCUUGAAAUUUCAACAUUAAGUAUCAAUUUUCUGAACUUAUCGAGAUUGAUUUGCUUUCUAAUUUUAUUUUACUUUUUUUUCCUGCUUUUGAGGCCAGACAUUUGGUGCACAGUCUAGUCUGGGUGGCUGACCAUGAAUAUGACAAAUGCCACUAGCAGGUGAAGCCCAUCACUUACAAGAGUCCCUUACAAUCUUCACUAUCUGUUAGUUCCCAUCUUUUGUCCCGUCUGUUCUUUGAAGUUAAUCAUUAAAACAAUAUCUGCUGGUUUUCAAAUUCCAAAAGAAAAUUGAAUUGAUCCUCUCCAAUAAGGUCAUUUUUUAAAAAAAUUAUUUUGAGAUAGAAAAUGAGAAUACAAAAUGGAGAAUAUAACUGGGCAUUGUGAUGCAGUCCAAUUUGUUAAUGAUUUUAUGUAAUAUUUUAUAAAGUCAGCACAUUGUGUUUAAUUAAUACAUGUUUCCUGUGAUCUCCCUCUCCCCUUGUGGUUUUCAAACUUUUCUUUACACUAGAUCCUCCAGAAAUACAACUCUUAGAUGCCACCUAUCCUCAAUUCUGGAAAAGUCUUCACUACCCAGAUAAACCUAAGUGUUGCAGUUCUUUAAUAUGCAAGAACAGAAAUGGCAUACUGGUAGGCUAUGAACACAGAAGUCUAAUGAUCUUACAUCACCGUCAUUAACCCCUAGAUCUCCUGGACCCCAGUUUGAAAAACCUAAGUUUCUAGUCAUCUUAUACUAUCUCUAUAGAAAGCUACCCAGGGAUCAAUUGGCUACAGAACCUGGAAUCCCAAAUGAUCAGCAUUCACAGUAUCACUGCAGGAAUAGUUUCCACUCUAUGUGAAGAAAGUUUUUGAAUGAGAAUUUAUGCGAUGUUAAAGUACAGAAGUGACGGAGCAUUGAGAAACCAUGUUAAACGUAGAGAAACAUGGCCAUUUAGUCACAGGAAUGAAGUACCGAAAGUGACCAUUGCAUCAGCUUCUACUAGCUCCAAAUUUUGCAUCUUUCAAACCAGUCACAGGCACAGUUGACGAUCCAGAGUUUUAAGGGUUCAUCUCUGCGAUUUGUCUAAUCACUGCCAGUUCAACAAAUGCAGGGAACUUUUGUUUAUUCUAGAACUUUUGUAAAUGUAUUUGAAGCAAAACGGGGCUGCUUCAACUUUAAAAAAAUGUAAGUGUACAAAUGCUGUAUCUGUCUAACAUGUGAGGGGAGAAAAGAGAAAAACAUGUUUUUUAUUGUAGAUUCCAGUAGAAAAUAUGUCUUGUCUCUUUCUGUGAGGUAAAAAAAUCUUGUAAAUUGUAGUUACUGUAGCAGGAAAGAAAAUAUACCCUCCACAUGAAAAAAACUCUAAUCUGCUCAUGUGGGCUAUUUUUGGUUGAUGGGUAUAUGUAAUCACAGUUAAAAUAUUGUAUGCCAUAUAAGUUAUUUAUAUAAAAUUUUUAUUUUUGUAGUUGUACAGAAGUAGCCCUCUGACUGAAGUAUAUUUUUAAAGAGUAAAUAUAUAUUAUUAUAUUAUAUAUUGUUAAUUGGGUUCAUUACUAAGGUUUGGCGGCACACCUUCUCGUAUACACUUCUGCAGAAUGAAGGAUGUGUACUGAACUGUUACUGUCUGAGUUGUCAUCUUGUUUUGUUAUGGCUCCUUGCAUCCUAUUCAUUCCUGUUAAUUGAGUUGAUCAUUUGGACAUCCAGACAUUGUGACCAAUAAGCCUGCUCCGUGUGACUGUUAUACUGCCAUGUUUAGUCUCCCAGCACAAUAGGAGAUUAACUAACACAAUAAAAAUAAAUAUGAACCAUUUAAUCUAA